AUGGCAACCCAAGCCCUCGCCAACUGGACCGUCUCUCUCACCACCCUCCCAGAAGAGGUAACCCGCACCGCUCUAUCGCCCUUCUCAGGACCCCCCACCUCCACCCUCCUAGGCAGCUCAAUCACCAUAGACGCCCAACACGCAGGUCUGUUCAACGGAAUAGCCUCCCACGUCCACGACUACGACGACACCCACCCCGACACAAUUAUCCACCCACCGGGCGCCGUGGCAUCCGCGCUCCUGGCGAUAACCGAGACGCUGGCGCGCCCCGUCUCCGGGCGGGAAUUCCUGCUCGCGCUCGUCGCCGGCAUCGAGGCCGAGUGCAAAGUCGGCAAGGCUGUGUGGCCCGCGCACCACGAUGUCGGCUAG